CCGUGCAUUAACUCGGCAUUUCCGGGCGGGGCCGGCAGGGGGCGCUGCCCGCCAGCCCCGCCGGAAGCGGCGCGCGUGUGGCGGCGCGCGGUGUGCGCGCAGCGCGGCCAUGCCGGGCAGGAAGUCUUCCAAGGAGAAGAAGCGGCGCCGCUCGCGUUCCUGCUGCACAGAGGGAGCCCCGGGGCCGGACGGCAGCGACAGGAAGCGGCGGAGCACCGAGUCCAACCACGGUGCCCUGGAGGAAACAAAAUGCAAUGUACUCUCUGGAGUAAAAGUGGAAGAAGCUGAACAACCCAGUGAUAUAGAAGAAGGAGGAUUGGAUCUCACUGUGUCACUUAAACCUGUCAGUUUCUACAUUGGGGACAAAAAGGAAAUGCUUCAACAGUGUUUCUGUGUCAUAGGGGAGAAGAAACUACAGAAGAUGCUGCCUGAUACUUUAAAGAGCUGUUCCAUGGAUGAAAUCAAAAGACUUUGCAUGGAGCAGUUGGAGCUGUUAUCUGAAAAAAAACUGUUGAAGAUACUUGAAGGCAAGAUUGGAGCUGAUUCUGAUACUGACGAGGAGGCAGAUGGAGGAGACAAGACUGGAGGUGAUUCAGUCAGUCAACAGGACAACAGUAUAGACUCAACUUCUUCUCUGAGAGAAGACAACAAGCUUGAAGGUCAGGAAUCAAAACAAGGCAAGGGAGAAGAUAGUGAUGUUCUCAGCAUAAAUGCAGAUGCUUAUGACAGUGACAUAGAAGGCCCAUGCAAUGAAGAUGAUGGCCCAGAAGUGCAAGAGAGCACUGUCAGAACUGGAGCCGGUCAGAUAGAAGACCUUCAGAAGGACAUUGAGAAGAGUGUGAAUGAGAUACUGGGGUUGGCAGAGUCCAGCCCAAAGGAGCCCAAAGCAGCAACCUUAGCUGUUCCUCCAUCAGAAGAUGUUCAGCCAUCAGCACAACAGCUGGAGCUUCUGGAACUUGAGAUGAGGGCCAGAGCUAUUAAGGCUCUGAUGAAAGCUGGUGAUGUAAAAAAACAUCCCUGAGACUGUUCGGAUUUCAUUUUCACUAUUCUUUUUGAAGAUGGUGAUGUCUGUUCUCUUCAGUGCUACAGUAUGUUUGCGUUGGGUAUGACAUUCCUCAUUCAGACUGUGUUGUGUAUCCUGACCUUUGGUUCAGUGGUUUUGUUGCCUUUAGAGUGCUGCUUCCAUGACACGCACAAACAGAGGUUGAUGCUUCCCUGAGAUAAGGUGUCCUUGUGCUGGGUCUCCUCCUCAAGGAGUCACACCUCACCUAGAGCUGUGCCAGGAACUUGCUGCCUUCCAGAAAGGUUGUUGUAGAAAUUUAGAAUCAUAAAAUGGUUGGAAGGGAUUUGAGACUGCUUAAUUCUUCUUGGGACCCAUCUCAUCAUAAUGUAGGCAUUCUAAAGAAAAUGUGUUGGUUUGUUUAAAAGCAUACUCAGUUUUUUGAAAUGUGAACUCCUAAAGGGAAGGAUUUUUACCUUUUAAAUAAACAGUCAAACAUGUUAUUUUCAGAGUUACGAAAGUGCCUGACAGAGCAGAGCUUAUUACACUGCCAUGUAGUUUUGUCACUUUUCUCCACUCUUGCUUUUGUAUUAUAAUUGAAGAAAGCAGAGUUUCUUCCUAACUGUAAAGCUUUUCUUUUGCCAUAAUGUUUAGCAUAAUUUGGCAAAAUAUUUAGUGAAUCAAACAGUUCAGAAGAUCUUGAGCUUUUAACGUUCAACUGAUAAAGUCAUUUCAUGUCCCCUGAAAGUAGGAAAAUCCACCUGAUUUCAGUCUGUUGUUUUAGAAAAGGCAUUUAAUUUAUUUAUGAGUUUUUAAAACAUAAAUUCUAU